AUGGCUGCUAUCCUGCCGCCGUCGGGGCCUGCCCGGAUCCCCCGGUGGAUCUCGGCCCACCGCUCCCUGGAGAAGGCCCUGCAAGGGCUGACGAAGCUCCAGCAGUUGGUGAGCCAGCCCCGGCUGGGGCUCCGCAACAGCCCGCCCUACCUGCCCCACAUUCUGCCUCAGGUGCACCAGCACCUCAGGCUGGUGAGGGAGCAGUCGUGGACUUGCGAGGCCCAGCUCUGGGAGGAAGGAGGAUACUUUCGCGUUUACCUCAGCAACCUGCUGGAGAAGAUUAAGCAAGCUGUCCGGCUUUUCAAGAGAGACAAAGAAGAGAUCUUCCAAGAAGGUUCGGCUUCCAGGAGGAACCUGACGAAACUUUCCCUGAUCUUCAGCCACAUGUUAGCCGAACUGCAGGCGCUGCUUCCCGAAGGGAGAGACCAGGGAAGCACCUACAAGCUCAGCAAGCCAGAAGCGCAGAUCUUCUGGAGAGAAACGUGGGGCAGCAGGAACUUGGUACCCUGGUCCGAAUUCCGAGAAGGACUCCAUCGAGUGCACCCCGUGGACUCAGGCCCCAUGGCCAUCGCCUUAAAGUCCACCAUCGACCUCACAUGCAACGGGCACAUCUCUGUCUUUGAAUUUGACAUCUUCACUCGCCUCUUUCAGCCGUGGCCGACACUACUGAAGAACUGGACGUACCUCGCGGUGACACACCCUGGAUACAUGGCCUUUCUCACGUAUGAUGAAGUGAAGCAGCGACUGCAGGCAUACACCAGCAAACCUGGCAGCUACAUUUUUCGACUUAGCUGCACCCGCCUGGGCCAGUGGGCCAUCGGCUACGUGACGGAGAAUGGGAACAUCCUACAGACCAUUCCCCAAAACAAGCCCCUCUUCCAGGCGCUGAUCGAUGGACACAAAGAAGGCUUCUACCUCUUUCCCGACGGGAAGAAUUUCAAUCCCAACCUGACUGCGUUAAUGAAGGCCUCCUCUCAGAGCAGAAUCCAGGUCUCGCAAGAGCAGUUCGAGCUCUACUGCCAGGUGGGCUCCACCUUCCAGCUCUGCAAGAUCUGCGCCGAGAACGAUAAGGACGUCCGGAUCCAGCCUUGCGGGCAUCUGCUGUGCCGUGGCUGCCUCGACACCUGGCAGCUUUCCGAAGCUCACACCUGCCCGUUUUGCCGGGGCGAGAUCUGGAGCCACGAAGACAUCCGCAUCGACCCCUUCACCUACAAGGAGGAGAAGCCCAGCCUAGAAGAAGACGACGACGAGGGAGAUAUGGAGGACGUGGAGGACGUGCUGCAGCAGCUGGCGCUCAUGCGCAAGGGGAUCGGGCUCCAGAAUCCCAUUUCCUCCCCCUGCCCGGACCCUGAGCUCCAGAUUCCUCCUCUGCCUCCUCGGGGGAACCGUCCUCAGCCAAACAAAGCCACCCUGGCCGACCCCGACUAUCAGGCCCCCUCCUCCGCCCACCCCCGGCUGCUGCAGCGCGCCCUGCCAAAUAUCCCCUGGGACAGCUCCCAUACUUCAGUCGCCUGGGAUGCCGCUACCACUGCCUCUCGGCUCCCUGAAGGGCCACCAGGGCCCGAGCAGCCAAACUGA